AUGUCUCGCAAAGCCGCCUCGAGGGAAGGCUCUCGCCGCACAUCACCUUCACGCACAAACUCGGCUCACACUUCUCGUCAGUCAUCGCGAAACGCAAGCAGACAGACUUCAGAUGAUGAGGAUGCAGGGAAUUUGAGUGAUGACACGGCGGUCAGCCUCGCUUCUUUUGACGAUUUGGAGAGUAUUGACACCGAAAAUGAUAACAACAAUUGGGAACAAGAGCUUCUCGAAGUUAUUGAUGAUGUUUUGGAUCGCAAGCGCAGCAGCGCGCUUAGCCGUGAAGAAAAUUAUGCAGCAUACUGUCGCCUCUCCAAGUUUCACUAUGUGGAGGACCUGAUCCGGAGUCGCGUCCCUGACCUUCUAGCCGCCUUUACUCGCAGCAUCAGAACCGAGACCAGUGUUCGAGAGACGACGCUUGCAAUGCGUGCUUUAGAGCUUCUGGCAAUCACCGCGGCAGACAAUACCAUAUUCGAACAUGCGGAGCCGCUACUCACCCGUACCAUUCGAAACUCCUCCGACGUAAUCAAAGCAGCAGCAAUCCAUUGCCUAGGAACAUGCACUAUGUUUGGCGGUGCUGGAGUUGAGGGCAUUGAGGACCAGAUGACGUUCCUUCUGGACAUUGCCGCCUCUGACGGACAAUCCAUCGAUGCGCAAGACGGCGCCGCCGUUUGUGUCACCGCGGCUCUACAAGAAUGGGGUUUCAUGGCGACAGAGAUCAACGACCUCUCAAGCGAAAGCGAAGAGUUCAUUCAAAUAUUCGUCGAUCAACUGAACAGUGGCGACCCGAGUGUACAAAUCGCGGCCGGCGAGAACAUCGCCCUAUUAUACGAGAGAAGCUACUCUCCUCAGGAGAGCUGGUCGGACGAAGGUGAAGAAGAUGACAGCAACGAAGAGGAAAGCCCUGAUACUCGUCCGAAAGAAGAGGUCCUGCGCGACGGCCCCAAGCGGGUCAAACGCUACAAUCCUUACCACGACACACCCGAGCUCGAGCGUCAGCUGCAAUCACUUGCAACAUUCCACAGCAAACGCAUCAACAAACGCGACAAGAGGGAUCUCCGCAAGAGCUUUGCUUCCAUCCGUGAGACUGUCGCAGACCCGCGUCACGGCCCGUUUUAUGACGAGUACCGCGGUAGCAAGCUCACUGUCAAGAUUGGCCAACAGGGCGUCAUGCAUAUUGACCGCUGGGAGAAAUGGGUCCGCCUCAACUCCCUGCGCCGUAUACUCCAGGGUGGAUUUCCUGUCCACUACUUUGAAGGAAACACUGCUGUUCUUGACAGUCUCCCCGUGGUGAUGAUGCGCAGACCUGACUCUUUUUAG